GGGAGGGAGAAGAGUGUUUGUUGGAAAGAAGCAUGCCUCUCCAACAUCAAGCCAUGAAAUACAUGAAAGAAAAGCCCUCCAUUGUUAUUCCCUCAAAAACUCCACCUUCUUCAACUCCCUUAAACCAUCCAUACAUUUCACAAAUCCUCUCCACACCCAACUGGGCUCUGUUACUAAACCACCACCUCUUCUCAAACCCCCUCCUCCUCAACCCUCGCUCCGCCGUAACCGUCUUCCACAACCAACGCAAUGCCUCCCACGCCAUCAAGUUUCACGCCUGGCUUUCGCAUGUCAACCCCGCACUCGCCACGCAUCCCUCAGUGCAACGCGCUCUUCUGAACACUCUGCACCUUAACGGCCCCGCGGUGCUGUCGCUCGAGUUGCUCCGUGACGUUCGCAAUUCCGGGUUUCGGCUCACCGAGGACCUGCUCUGCGUGUUGAUUGGAAGCUGGGGAAGGCUCGGUUUGGCAAAUUACUGUGCUCACGUUUUCGGUCAAAUCUCAUUCUUGAGUCUCACCCCUUCCACUAGGUUGUACAACGCUCUUAUUGACGCUUUGGUGAAAUCCAAUUCAAUUGACCUUGCUUAUCUCAAAUUCCAACAAAUGCCUGCUGAUAACUGCCGCCCCGAUAGAAUUACCUAUAACACCCUCGUUCACGGGGUUUGCAAGAUUGGCGUGGUGGAUGAGGCGCUUCGGUUAAUCAGACAGAUGAACGAUAAGGGACUUUUUCCUAAUGUCUUCACUUAUACAAUGCUUAUUGAUGGGUUUUGUAAUGCCAACAGGGUUGGUGAAGCAUUUGGGGUUUUUGAGAUGAUGAAGGAGAGGGGAGUUGCUCCUAAUGAAGCCACUGUGAGAGCGUUAGUCCACGGGGUUUUUCGCUGCUUGGAUCCAGGUAAGGCACUUGAUAUGUUGUUAUCUAAGUUUUUAGAUAGGAAGCUGGAGCAGGAGGAGCGUGCUCAUUUUAAGUUAGCUUGUGAUACUGUGUUGUAUUGCCUUGGGAAUAAUUCUAUGGCGAAAGAGAUGGCUGUGUUUCUGAGGGAGGUUUUGGGAAGAGGUUAUGCCCCUGAUAGCUCUAUUUUUAAUGUCAUAAUUGCUUGUUUGGUUAAGGGAGCCGAGCUGAGAGAGUCGUGUGACAUAUUUGAAAUUUUGAGAAACCGAGGUGUGAAGGCAAGCACUGGUACAUACCUUGUACUUAUGGAGGCGUCGUAUAAAAGAGGAUGGAGGGAGGACGGGGAUCGAGUUUUUGGUCAAAUGACCAGUGAUGGGCUAAUUUCUAGUGUUGUCUCAUAUAACAUGAUAAUCAAUAGUUUGUGCAAAGCCAAAUUGACGGAUAAUGCGUCAGAGGUUUUCAGAGAUAUGCAGGUUAGAGGUUUUGUUCCCAACCUUGUUACUUUCAAUACGCUUAUUAAUGGGCAUUGCAAGGAAGGAGAAAUAUUUAAGGCACAGGAGCUGCUGGAGAUGCUUUUAGAAACUGGGCUUAAACCUGAUAUCUUCACUUUUAGCUCUAUAAUUGAUGGACUCUGUCGAAUAAAGAAGACUGAGGAAGCUUUUGGAUGCUUUACAGAGAUGAUUGAGUGGGGCAUCACUCCAAAUGCCGUCAUUUACAAUAUCUUAAUUCGGUCUUUUUGUGCCAUUGGGGAUGUUGCAAAGUCAGUGAAACUAUUAGGAAGAAUGCAAAAGGAAGGAGUAAACCCUGACACCUACUCCUAUAAUGCUUUGAUCCAAAUCCACUGUAGGAUGAAUAAAGUUGAUAAAGCUAAAAGGCUUUUUUAUUCAAUGUCAAGAUCUGGCUUGAAUCCUGACAAUUACACUUAUGGUGCUUUUAUAGAGGUACUCUCUAAAUCUGGGAGAUUAGAGGAAGCCAAGAAGAUAUUUUACUCAAUGGAGGCAAACAGUUGCUCUCCUGAUUUGUAUACAUGUAACUUGAUUAUUAAAAUAUUGGUUCAGCAGAACUGUACUGAAGAGGCACGAAGCAUCAUGGAAAGAUGCAGACUUAAGGGAAUAUCUUUAAAUUCUAUUCCUAAUUAGUGAGACUAAUUUCCUACUAAUUUCUCGGAUGCUACUACAUUAUUGAGCUUUUGAAUAUGAUGAUAUCGAUUCUGGGUAUAGAGGUACCUCAGAUUAUAAAGCCCUGUUCAUAUGGAUAUCUUGUUAUAUAGUGGGACAGAAGAAUUAUUUGUGUUUAUGUAUGGAUGUACUUUUUUGCCAUUUCAACACCAACAGAAAAGAGUACAAUAAGGAAUUCAUUUUUUCUUCUUUAGUCGGUGACUCUCCAUCAUCGUUUUUAGAAAGAGCUUGAUCUAGAGGCUGCUCUUCCGCCCUUCUUACAAAGAUCUUGAUCUAGAAGCUUUGAUGGACGUGGCUUGGUUAUCGUGUUAUACCAUACUUCUAGUCUUGCUAUGCUUAUCUUAUUAAUUGUGCUGUUGUUCUGGAGGCAACAAACAACACCUUUUUCCUCUGUUUUCUCCAUUAAUGGAUUAACAUUGAUCACCUAACAAACACCAACAUUAAACAGUGGAGGUUAUGUCAAAUCACCACAGCCAAGAGCUCCAUCUUUCACUUGUGACCCAUCCUGCACAUUGAAGAGCUCGAAUUUGAUGGCACUCUUGACUGGAAAACCUGGGAUACCAAAUUUCGUGGUUGUGGCUGUCGCUUAUGAUGUUAAUAGUUUUAUUGGACAGGGUUUAUAUUAGUUCUAAACUAAUAUUUGUUCUAGACUAUUAUUAGGGGUGUGUAUCAUACACGUAUCCCUUUAUCGAUGAAGUAUAACAUCUCUCUCUUGUCGUCCUUCUUCACUUCCAGCCCACCCACCCCAAAUAAUUUAAACUGGCUCCAUAUAGCUUUCCUC